AUGCGCUCUUUUGAGCGUUUGUCUGUCUUUUCAUCGAGAAAAUUUCUCGUUUUCGUCGUAGUAUUGCUGUGUAAAAGGUGUUUUUGUGAUGCCAAAAUCGGAUUCGGAUUGGACGACUCCAACGGGGAAAAGAAAAUCGAUUUCGAACACGAAGCGUUAGAUUCCAACCGAUUCCCCGGAUGGCUCGGCGAAAAACACCGCCCAUCGAUAAACAAAGAUAAAGAGUUAGGCACGUGGACGGAACCUAUCAGUUGGCAACCGCGAGCGUUCGUGUUGCAUUCGAUUUUGAGCGAGGAAGAAUGCGAAGAGAUUUUACGAAUUGCGAAACCGAUGAUGAAGCGAAGCACGGUGGUGGAUUCGAUAACCGGGGAGAUUAAAACGGACCCGAUUCGAACGUCGAAGCAAACUUUUUUAGCGCGAGGGAAAUAUCCGGUAGUGACGAGAGUGGAGGAAAGGUUAUCGAGAUUUACCAUGCUUCCUUGGUACAACGGCGAAGACAUGCAGAUUCUUUCGUACGGCGUCGGCGAGAAGUAUUCGGCGCACCACGACGUGGGAGAGAAGAAUACGAAAUCUGGGCAGCAGUUGAGCGCGGAUGGCGGGCAAAGAGUCGCGACGGUUUUGUUGUACUUACAAGAUACCGAAGAAGGCGGGGAAACCGCGUUCCCGGAUUCCGAGUGGAUUGAACCGGAGAGCGAAUACGCGCAGCAAAAAUUCUCCGAGUGCGCCAAGAACGGCGUCGCGUUCAAACCGAAACGAGGCGACGGAUUGCUCUUCUUCUCCAUAACCCCGGAAGGCGACAUCGACCAAAAAUCCAUGCACGCCGGGUGCCCGGUCGUCAAAGGCACGAAAUGGACCGCAACGAAGUGGAUUCACGCGAGACCGUUCCACUAUAAACUCCCAAAUCCGAAACCUCCCAAGGAAGGGUGCGAGAAUACGGACGAGAGAUGUAAAGGGUGGGCCAACGCCGGCGAGUGCGAGCGCAACCCGGGGUUCAUGACGAAAAACUGUAAGUGGGCGUGCAGAGUCCCCGGGUGCGAACAUAAGGGUAAUUAG